AUGGCCCUUGAGCUCCUCGUGCCAACAGUAGCCGCUGCGCCGGUAGCCUUGCCUGGCUGCCCGGAGGCCUGUGGCAGCGUCACCGUCCCCUACCCUUUUGGCUUCCGGCAAGGCUGCUUUCACAAGGGCUUCAACCUCACCUGCAACGAGACGGGCCAUCAGCCGAAGCUGUUCCUGCAUGACGACGUGGAAGUGGACGCCAUCUCACUGGUGGGCGGCACGGUGCGUGUCCAGAGCAAGAUCGUGAACGGCGAGUGGGACUACAGGGACGUGCCAUACCAAGCGCUUAACCGAAACAGGAGCGUUCUGUCUGGGAAGCCCUAUAUUGGCUACGACGGCUCGUGGUCUGGCGGCCUAACGGUGUCGACCGAGCACAACGUCUUCGUGGCCAUCGGAUGCAACUUCAUCGGCUACCUCGCCGCAGGCAGUGACCGGGGUUCCGUGUACGUCAGUGCAUGCGCCACGCUGUGUGACACAGACUAUCCGCCACCCGGGGACACCUCGUGCUCGGGCGUCGGCUGCUGCCGGACGACCAUCUCGCAGGGUUUGCCCGCGUACGGGGUGCAGCUCAAGGAUUUGAACCAGACUGAAGCCGCGUACGCGGGCAAAGGCAAACCCAUUAGUUCACGCCUUUUGUCCGGGGCAGCGUUCAUUGUCGAUCGCGAGUGGUUCACCGGGAUUAACGUAGGCGCCAUGCAGAAUAGCACUUUCGGUGAUUUCGGAAGCCCGUAUCGAUCUCGUCGGAGCAGUCCCAAGGUGACCAGGGUACCCACCGUGCUGGAAUGGUGGCUGGAUGUGAAAAGCGACCGUGACUUGGUCGUGUUGGAUCCCCAUUCUGUAUCAGGUUGGAGAUGCAUGAGCUUGAACAGCUUCGCUGCCAACAUCGGCGGUGCAGUGAACAAAGUAAGGUGCAACUGCUCGGAUGGAUACGAAGGCAACCCUUACAUCAUUCACGGAUGCCAAGAUAGGGCGAGGCUGAGCAGCAUUGAGGUCUCCUUUUUCUCUGGUCAUAGAAACUCUGAUUGCCUGGUUGGACUUGAACCACCGAAGCAGUUUGUGGCCAUCUCCUUGCCCGGGAUGGCACGGUACGACCAAUUGACCAACACAGCGAUCGACCGAUGCCUCCAGUCCGAGAAGAUCACUAUAGGCAUAGACAAAUUGGACAUGAGUUUCCAAAUAAAACACAAGAUUGUCAGGCCACUGAUUAUUCCCAGGAUGGCACGAGCAUGUUCAGAUGCCAAACAUCUUGACGAAACCCUCAAAUCCAGCGCCGCGUGCCGUGCACCGGCUUUUGUCGAGGAGUUCCACACGUCCGAUAUCGAUGAGUGCCAACUGCCAGUUUAUCCAUGCGUGCAUGGGACCUGCAUUAAUAUGCCGGGGACAUACCGAUGUGCAACAAACAAACGUAUCAUCAGCCUCCCAGGUUUAAUUACCGCAAUUGCAGUAACUGCUGGUUUUGGGCUACUGUUUUCACUUAUGGGUGCUGCCAAAAUCACUAAUAAACUCAAGCAACGAAGAGCCAAAAAGUUGAGACAAAAAUUCUUCAAGAAAAAUCAUGGAUUGCUUCUACAACAGUUAAUCUCUUCAAACAACGAUAUAGCCGAAAGAACAAGGAUUUUUAGCUUGGAAGAACUAGAGCAAGCGACCAACAAAUUUGACCAUAAUCGCAUCCUUGGUGGCGGUGGCCAUGGCACGGUGUACAAAGGCAUCUUAUCUGAUCAACGUAUUGUGGCCAUCAAGAAGGCCAAAAUUAUUGUACAAAGGGAAAUUGACCAGUUCAUCAACGAGGUUGUCAUACUUUCACAGACAAACCAUAGGAAUGUGGUGAAGCUUUUUGGUUGUUGCCUUGAGACAGAAGUUCCUCUACUUGUUUACGAAUUCAUAUCAAAUGGAGCUCUUUCAUUUCAUCUCCAUGGCCAAAGUGAGAACCCAUUAUCAUGGAAAGAUAGGUUGAGGAUUGCACUGGAAACUGCAAGGGCCAUUGCAUAUCUACACUCUGCUGCUUCAAUAUCAGUAUACCACAGAGAUAUCAAAUGUGCAAAUAUACUACUUACCGAUACCUUGACAUCAAAAGUAUCAGAUUUUGGAGCUUCAAGGUCUAUUGCAAUAGAUGAGACCGGAAUACUUACAGCUGUCCAAGGAACCUAUGGUUACCUUGAUCCUGAAUACUACUACACUAGUCGACUCACGGAGAAAAGCGAUGUUUACAGCUUUGGUGUCAUCCUAGCAGAGCUACUGACAAGGGUGACACCAGUUUUUUCUUCUCAUUCAUCAGAAGGGACAAGCCUAGCAUCACAUUUUGUAUCACAUAUAAGAGACAAUCGAUUCUCAGAUAUUCUAGAUGCACAAAUUGUUGAGGAGGGAGGGGCUGAAGAUGCUGAGGUGGUUGCAAGACUCGCAGAAGCAUGCUUAAGUUUAAAAGGUGAAGAGAGGCCUACAAUGAGACAAGUGGAGACAGUACUUGAAGAUGUUCAGAACUCAAGAGUCAAUCUUAGUUCUCAGAUCACAAGAGUGAACCGAAAUGCUACAAAUGAUCAGCCAUACAAGGGAAGUAAAGGCGGAGAAGAAACUAGACUGUACAGCUUGGAAAAAGAGUUUAUAGAGUCGUCUGAAAUUCCAAGAUGAUUUUACUUUCAUGGUGAAGUGUUACAUUUGCUUUUAUUAGUUUGGGUGCCAAUUUGGA